AUGGCGUCAUCCACAUCAGACGUAAGUGAAACUGUUGAUAUGGACGAGGUGGUGUUGUUUUCAGUUAUUAUUAUCUGUGUUAGUAAAGUUUAUAGCUCAGUUCUGAGAGACUGAUCGUGUUUUUUAACGCAACACAAACUGAGCCAAUGUUUCAUAUAACGUCCACAUCGUUAAAAUAAAUAAAAUAAAUAAAAUAAAUAGUCGUAGUAAAAUAUUUUUUCCCCACAAGAAUAAAGUGAAUAAAGUUGGUAUAUUGUGACCAAAAAAAUCACGUCAUAGUAAAGUCAUAACAUUACAAGAAUAAAGUCACCUUUGUUUUGGUAUAAAGUCAUAAUAAAGUUUAUGUUUUGAUUCACUGAGGAGCCAGCUGUCUGUGUCAAAAUGAGGAACCUGGAGCGUCUGCUUAAAUCUGGAUGUCAUUAAAAAAAAUAAAAUAAUAAAACAAACAUUCAUCUGUAAUUAAGACUCAAAAUGAAAGUAAUUGAGCUAAAAUAUUGUGUCUUGUAAAACUGGUUGUAGCCUACAAGUUUUCACAAAUUGAAAUAUCGUAAGCCUACCUAGAAAAAGUUUAUUUUAGAGUCCAUCUUUGAGUUGACUUUAUAGUUAUUAUAAUUAAUAAUAACAAACCCAAAAGUAUAAAAGUGUGUGAGAGAGAAGUCUGGGGCUCCUCUCCUUGGUUUGGUCAAGAGGCACUUUAAUUAGAAUAAGAUGUGUCUUGUAAUCACUGAUAGCAGGGGUGACGAGUGUGUGCUGCUGGAGUUAAAGGUGAAAACAGUUUUUUUUAUUGACUGUGUGAGUCCAUAUUAAACUUGCUGUUGUUGCAGACAGACUUCACAUUUUCAGCUCAGAAACAGACGAGAUCUUCUCCCCAAAAUCCAAGUAUGGCCAGCAGUUAUGGUAAGUCCAUAUAUUUUACUAUGAAAGGAGCUCAAAGUUUCAGUCAAAGCUUCUAUUAAUGCAGGUAAAACAUAGUAUGGUUUAAAACUAGAAAACUAACCCUCUGAGCAUUUUUUGGUCUAGUAGACGUCUAAAUGGAGCCUAGAUGGCUGGUCUAAAAUCAGGCUACCACAGGUCUUAAAAUGAAAGGUUUUUUAGACGUCUAAAUUUACACCAAGUUUGGACCAAGUCUAAAUCUGGACUGUAUCUAUACUACACUGUAUUUUGCUCAACGACUAUCAUUAUUAUUUUGGUACUUGGAGAUCAGUUAUGCAACUCACAGUUGCUUUUUAAGAUAAAUAGUUAUCGAAUUAUGGGUUAAAAUGGUCUGAAUUCUGUCUAAAAAUAUACAGAAUCUAGACGGUUGAAAUUAGGUCUAAAAAAAAAAAUAGACGUCUAAUAGCCGUUUAACGCUCAGUGGGAAUGGGAAUGUUGGGAAAUUUGGAAAGGACACCAGGGGCUUAUGCCAGGUAUUUUACAUUAUGAUGAGAUUCUUCAGAGAUUUCAAAUAAUUAAUAGUAGAAGCGUUAUAUCAUAGACAAGGAGCACAAAAAGUCUUUAUUUAAGUAUUUAUUUAUUUUUUAGAAGAAAAAAAAAACAGAGCUGGAGCAGCAAACAUUUGGAAAACUCAAAUAACUUCUCUUUUUUAUUGUUAGUCCCAUUUACUUCAAUGCAAAAAUUUCUGCAUUUUAUCACAGUUUCAUAUAUUAUACAUAAAAGUUAUCGCACACUCAUCCUGAUCAAACUGCAUUUAUUGAUAUUCAAUUUUUCCUAGAACACUUCGAGCUUUAGGACAAGUCAAGAAUCAAAAUUUAUCCAGAACAACACAUAUGUUUUUUCUAACCAAUCCCUCCAUCUGUUUAAGUUUCACAAUAUUAUGAUUGCAAAACCUGAUGGAUUUAUUUCCCCUCUUUGUUCCAUAAGAUACAACCAUACACAAUAACGAGGAGCUGAGGAUAGUGAUGGUGGGAAAGACCGGCGCUGGAAAGAGCGCCACAGCAAACACCAUUUUGGGACGACGGGAAUUUACGUCAAAGCGCUCCCCUAAAUCUGUGACUGAUCGCUGUGCAAAAGCUGAUGGUGAGGUGGAUGGAGAGAAGGUCUCCGUCAUCGACACUCCUGGUCUGUUCGACACCAGGGUUGAUGAAGACAAAAUCUGUGAAGAUAUAACUCAGUGUGUUGCUUAUGCUUCUCCUGGACCACAUAUCUUCUUGGUCCUCAUCAAACUGGACAGAUUCACAGAGGAAGAAAAACAGACGGUGCAGAAGAUUCAGCAAAUCUUUGGAGAGGAAGCAGACAAAUACAGCAUGGUCCUCUUCACCCAUGUUGACCUGCUCAGAGAGGAAACUAUCCAAGAAUACUUGAGUGAAAGCGAAGAGCUGCAGGAGCUGGUGGCCAAAUGUAACGGCCAGUAUCAUGUCUUUGAUAACACCAGAGGGCUGGAGGACCGAUCUCAGGUCUCAGAGCUGCUCCUCAAGAUCAGAAAUAUAAUCGAGAAGAACGGAGGAAACCAUUACACCACUGACACGUUCCAGAAAGCAGAGAGGGCGAUCGAAGAGGAGAAACAACGAAUCCUGAAAGAGAAAGAGGAGCAGAUGCAAAAAGAGCAGGAGGAGCUGAAGAAGAAGAUAGAGGAAAAAUACAAGAAGCAAAUACAGAGAGCAAAGGAUGAUCUGGAGAGAGAAAGAUGGCUCAGAGAAGAAAUGAAAAGAGAAACAGAAGAGAGAAUUAAAGCUCUGAAAAACCGGCAAAGAGCAUGGGCGAGACGGAUUGCAGAGAACGCCCCUAUGUUACUCUCAGUGUUAAGUACAUUCUUGGGGACAGUUUUGGUGAUCGGUUUGGCUGUUUUAAGAAAAUAA